AUGAAUCUCCGGCGCUUUUAUCUGCGGGCUCGUACACUCUUCCAGAGAUCGCGUGGCCGGCAAGGCGAGGAAGCCCACAGCCCGUACCAAGCCUCCGCAAGACGUCUACUGCGCGUGGCGAUCAAGACCAGCAAGCUCCGGUGCUGGAGACAGCUUUGCGACGAAGUCAACAGCGACAUUUGGGGCAAACCAUACAAGGUUGCCAUGUCGCGCCUGCAAUGCCCGCAAAUCAAGCAGCAUAGCUCCCCUCUCCUGAGUUUACAGCGGUCCAAACCGCCAACACCGCAGACACCGCCAGAAAUAAAGGCACGCCGAGCUGCACGAUCCACGGAGGAGUUGGAGCGGCAGACGAAAAAAGAGCUUGUGCCUCUUCCCGACCCGCGAAAGUCGCCAAAGAAGUCUAGUUCCAGUGAUAGUGGUUCAGAUUCCGAUGACAAUAUUGUUAGGUCCGGUCGUAAGAAGAAAACUUCGCCGAACAAGCCUACGAAGACUUCGAUAUCCUCGGACAGCGAUUCGGACUCGGAUUCCGACUCGAUAACUGGGCAUUCGGGGUCUGCAUCCAUGAGCUCCGAUGACGAACCGCCAGCCGCUGUUCGCGAAGCCUCCCCUCGUCAUAAGAAGUCAGGAAGCAGAAAAUCAAAGUCCUCGCUGAAAAGAUCUCCAUCUCCUCCAAUUAGCGAGUCAGAAGAAUCAGCCUACGAGCCCUCGCCAAAGUCGGCACCUAAGAAAAGCGAGCAAAUCACCAGGCGCAAGACACGCUCCUCUGAAAAUAAGAUAACAGAAGAAUUGAACCAUAGUUCGUCCAUGCGUUCGCAGCCCAACUAUCCGCGAGAGACUGACAACGGGCAACAAGUUGCGUCUACGUCGACCGGGUUUAAGUCCCUACCGUUGAAGACCUCGGCUGGAUCGCCCAACGUACCGAAGGAUCCCAGGUAUAGAUCAGAGACUUACAAUAACUUGCGCGUCUAUUUACGUCCGUUGGACUUACCAACGUUAAAAUACAACAAAAUUGUAAUGGACGACGACGUUCUCUCUAGUGCAAGUACAGUCGACAAAGAACAAUAUUUCACAAGCAGAAAGAGUGAUUCCAAACUCGGACCGCAAGAGUCUAAACGUUCCAAGGGUGAAAUCGAGUCCGGACACGAAGUCGAUAAAUCUGCAACAGUUGAUGAUAAGUCCAGACCCGAGGACAAUUUCAAAAAGCCAAGCAUUAAGACCCUGUCGGAUGUGGUACUCAAGAAUCCGAUUGACUUACAAACCAUAACUUCCAGUAAAGUCACGUGUUCCACGCCGAAGUUAGAGAAGAACACAUCGAAUCCAGAUACGCCUAACCAGUCAGUUAUACCAAAAAAUAAAAUACGACUUUCUCUGAGCCUACCUCACAGUAGGAACAACACGACAUGCAAAAUGGACGAAUCCUCAGCCUUGACCAGUGACAGUGCCUUAAAGUCGCGACGCGACAAAUUUGAUUCCGGAAAUGAUACCAUAACGUCGGACUUGUCGCAAAGGUUAGCCGAAGAAUCCGCAAAUGAAAAGUCGCAACAGAAAAGAAAACACUCCGCGCCGCAUUCGUCGGAUCCCGACGAUGAGAAAUCGGCUAAAAGGGCAAAGAAGGAAUCGAAAAAAUCACCUAAAAGCGAUAAGAUAGAUCAAAAAAAUAAAACGACAAAGUCGGAACCUAAGGAGCAUCGGCACAAAAAGUCCAAAAGCAAACGUCAAGAAUCGGACGAUUCGGGUAACGAAUUCGAACAUGAGAGUGAUAGGAAAANUUUAGGACUCGACUUAUUAAAGUGA